UUCACUGCCCAGAACUCUAGCCUGCUUCUGAAACUAAUAAAGGCAGAGCACUUCCCUGCUGUAAAGAUCUCUAUUCAGUCCUCUGUGUGUGCACUUCAUUUUUUCAGGACCUGUUAGUCAUGAAGGCCUGUUUAAUGACCAUGGUCAUCUUUCUCAUCCUCAUUCAUAAGACUUCAGCUGCCUUCAGACCCCAAAAGUGCUGGAAGAAUAAUUUAGGAUACUGCAGGACGCGAUGUUUAGAUACUGAAAGGUACAUACUUCUUUGUCAGAACAAGCAAUCAUGCUGCAUUUCCAUAAUACUAUCAUUUGAAUACCCUCGACGACCACCACCUCUGCUGAGGAACCUAGAGGAUAUACGAGUGGAUAACAGUGAUUUGGAACCUUAUACUGGUGCCGCAGUAUCUGGGUUGAAUGAUCUAGUAACGCUUAACACACUUGAGACUCCAGAAGCCAACGAAGGCUGGGGAACAUAUACCCCACCCAUGCUACCUCCUGAGUUGGUUGACAUUUAAUUAACAUUUACUUCCGGGUAUGGGACAACAAGAAAUACUGCUGGAAAUAAUAUCCAAGGAGCUAAUUCUACAGAUCUAAUUUCACCAGGACAAUUCUAUCAGAGAUUAGAUGACCAUGGGGAUGGACAUAAUCGCUACUGCCAUGACCAGAGCCAAGACAGUUAUCUUACAAUCAGAGAUGUGUAGAGAGAAGUGUAUAGAAUAUACAGGGAUUCUCUUAAUUGGGCUCAAAUUUUUUAUCUGUCUUUCUCCAAUGUCUUAAAAAUAUACAAGCUAAUUUUGGUCUCAAGUGAA